UUCAGGAUUUAAACACACCAUUAAUGUACUAUUCAGUGUGUUUGUAUCUUUGAAUUAAGCGAUUUUAAAUUUAAAGCUGCACUAUAUAAUGAAUUUGAGUGCACGUCAGUUUUAGAAACCACGUGUUUAAGUUAUGCGGAAGAGCUUCUUGACAGAUUUUUUUUAACACGAGUAGGUGACAAUGCUCACACUGCGGUAUGCUCUCUGGACAAAAGCAGCUGUACGUACAGUUUCCAGACGUUCGCAGAGUUGUAUCUGCAUCUUACUGGUGACCAGCAGAGGGACACACAAGAAAAGGUGUUUAUGCAGUUCAGCUGCAGACAGGAAGCCCAUGGCAGAGGGACCUUUAAUCUGUGAGGAGAAGGAGCUGGAUGGAGGUCAAACUACAUCACCUGAGCCCGAAAAGAGCUGCUACAAUCAGAUAAAUGAUUCACUGGAUUACAGACAAGUGGGAGAUGUUACGCGUUCCCAACAAGAUUCCCGUGGGCGCUUUGUGAAUCCUUGGAAAACAUGGCAGUUUCCAUCCUACGGCACCAUCUGUCGCCUCUUCCUCAUGGAGAAGAAUAACAGUAAUGUUCCCAGUGCCAAAGAGGAACUGGACAGUGAACUACCUGUCCAUGAGCCAUAUUUUGUCCAGCACCCGGAUCAGUGCAUGCCGGCGAGCUCGUCUAUGCGAGUGACAUGGCUGGGUCAUGCCACUGUACUGGUGGAGAUGGACGGACUGGUGCUUUUGACCGAUCCCAUGUUCAGCCAGAGAGCCUCUCCAAUGCCAUUCAUGGGCCCGAAGCGUUACCGUGGCCCACCCUGCACUGUACAACAGCUUCCUCGACUAGAUGCCGUCGUGAUCAGCCACUCGCACUACGAUCACCUCGACGCAGAUUCGGUGGCAGCGCUCAAUGCUCGAUUUGGUUCUGAGCUGCGCUGGUUCGUCCCGCUCGGGUUGGCUGAAUGGAUGCAGAAAGCAGGCUGUGAGAACGUCAUCGAGCUGGACUGGUGGGCGGGCGAGCGGAUUCCCGGUCAUGAUGACGUUAGGGUUUUUUGCACACCUGCGCAGCACUGGUGCAAACGCUCAGCUUUGGAUGACAACAAAGCAUUGUGGGGAAGCUGGACUGUCGUGGGACCUCGUAAUCGUUUCUUCUUUGCUGGAGAUACAGGGUACUGCUCCUCAUUUCAGGAGAUAGGAAAACAUUUUGGACCGUUUGACCUGGCUGCCAUCCCGAUAGGAGCAUACCUGCCCAGAGGAAUCAUGAAAUCUCAGCAUGUGGACCCAGAAGAGGCUGUUAAGAUCCAUAUCGACAUUAAGGCGAGAAACUCAUUGGCCAUUCACUGGGGGACUUUUGCUUUAGCUUAUGAGUAUUAUCUUGAACCUCGCAGCCGUUUGCAUGAAGCUAUGGUGAAUCAUGAACUGAAUCCAGAUCUGUUCUUCACGCUUCAUCACGGAGAGUCACGCAUGAUCAACCAGGACACAGAGACUUCCAGCUAGAAAAAAAUCAAGGCAAUAUACAGACACAAAAAUCAGGACAUUACUUUUGUGAUUGUAGAUGGUCCAGCAGCUGGACUGUGGAUGGAAUAUAAUGUGAAUGUAUGAUUAGAAAAUGAUUAGAUUUAUACUUGGGUGUAUAUUAUGGUCUGGCUCUAAUAAAAAAAUAUACCACUACUAAAUUGA